GAAGGGCAAAUGAAUUCCCGAGUAACGAGGGUGGUAACGAGAAUAACGGCAGCACGACCCCAAUUAAACUCGCAUUUCAAUUGAGCCAUCCAAUCAAGCUUCUCCUCUUCAUCCACCCACAGUCGGUCCCACCUCUUUCCUCCUGGUACUGACGUAUCUCGGGGUUGAGGGUUGUCGAAUUAUCCCGAGGACUUGGGCCUCUUAUCUCACUCGACUUUUCCCACCAUUGAGUACCCACGAUCGACUAUUUUUUUUUUAGGGACUCUUCACUGAUUAAACCAUUACACAUAAUUAAAAAUUUCAAGGAAAUUUUACAAAUCCUCAGAAUGUAAAAUAAGUGAUUAUCAAAUUGGUGUAGAAUAAAUGGAAAAAUUGAGUGAAUAAACUCAUUGUUUUGUAAGAAUUACUUCUGUAAUUACUGGUAAGACUUGGAAAGAGGGAAAACUUUUGGAAUUGGAAAUGAAGAAACUUCAGGGUUGUUAAUUUGAUGAUGAUGAACCCUGCGACUUCUUGAAGUUGGUCGACAAAUGAACUCCACUAAAUUCUGAAGUUUUUUAAUAAUUCUCUCGACAUAAAAAUUUUAAUAUGAUAAAUAUGUUAUCCAAGGGGGCUAAAAAUUGCGGAAUGCGAGACAAACGUUGGACAAUCAGGGACAAAAUAAGGCAGUACAGAGGAAUACUGAAAUUGCACGGACGUGAAAAAAAAUUACGAGCAAUUGAUGGUGGUAGAGUACGGAAACGGACCUCGAGGGAGUUGAAAAUUCUCAGUGGAGAAGUCAAGGAAUAUCGUGGUAUUCUCAACGAGAUUGAGAAUGGCGACAAGAGAAGAAUGCACACACUUUUCCAGGGACACAAGGACUUUCAGUUGGCGCAUGAAAAUCACAAUCCAGGCACCGUCGCCGAUGCAGUUGACCAGGAAAAUUGCCUCAAACGACGUCAAUUGGACAAAUUGUACUACGUCAAGCGAAAAAAAAUGAAAGAGUUCUUUGAUCACAAGUGCAGAUAUAAAGCGAACAAGAAAGAAACCCUGGAGCAGAUAGAGUAUCAAAAAAAAAGAAAAGCGGAUUGCGAGGGAAAAAGGCGAGCCAAGGGUGAAGUAUUAAUUAAUUUACGAAGCGCUUUGUUAAAUAUGCUGAGCUUGCUGGAGGUGGUGAGUGGUAAAGCUGGGGGUGGGAUUGGUAAGAAGUCCACAAAGGAUCAUGAUAGAAAGACCAAGGAGAAAGCCAAACGUAAUGACGACAAGGAAAGUGAGGACGAGAGGUCAAUGCGAUCACUCAAACCUGACGCACCGAGAGUAGAAACAGUCGACACUGACGCUCUUUCCCUGCUCUCUCGAGUUACGACGAAAAUCAUUACUCUCCAAGGAAUGAGCUGUCCCGAUCUUGAUGAGGAGACAGAAAGAAAUGCUAGGAUUUUGUAUCAGAAUUAUGUCGCUGGUGUGCAUUCCAAGAGGAAAUUUAGUAAUGAAGAUGUGGAACCGACCGGAAUCGUAGUGGAGCACGAGGUGAUCGAUGCAUCAGUCCUUACCCGAGAGGAUAUAAAGAAUCGCAGUCAACAGAUCGUCGAGGCGAAUACGCGAUAUGAUUGACGAAUUUUCGAAUGUUCAAUAUUUUAUUUAUGAUGUUUUAUUCAGU